AUGGUUGCCCACCAGCCAUGGAUGUACAGCGCUGAGCCGCAGGAGGACUCGCGAUUCCCAGGCAAAUCGUUUGAUCCCAAGGCGGUCACCAGAGCCAGCUGGCAGGCGAAGCCCAAGAAGCCCAGGCAAAACGGGACUCUUCUGUCCUUCAACAAGCAUCCCGACCAUGGAUCGCCGAACGCCAUCGAGAGACUCUUUGCAUCUAACAUGCAUUCCAGCGCUCACGCGGUACUCACCUAUAACCCGAGUGCGGCCAACCCAAUGGGCCCUCGCACAAAGAACUGGAUCAAGCGACUACGUUGGAUACAGCUAGCGCUCCGCGUCCUCGAACUCAACGGUGCCAUAGGGAUCCUUGGGUUGAUGGUGCUCUUGACUGAGCAGAACCUGGUCAAAGGUUGGAUCAUGAAGAUCGGGCUUGGAAUCGUCAUUUUCAACUCCAUCUAUGCGAUCUACCACCUAUCCCGCAAUGCGGCGGGCCGAACGCCUGCGUCGUCGGCGGCCUAUCACAUGUACUCGGCUGUUACUGAUCUCGUCACCCUGGGGCUCUAUGCGUUUAGCGCCUUCACCACACACCACGACUCGCCAAAGUGGAAGAACCGGAUUCCUCUCCACGAGGAGCUCACCGACUACUUCGUCCCGGCCGCCUAUUACACAAUGGUUGGAGCCGGAGCUCUUCAUGUCCCAUCGCUUGGUCUGGCUCUGUGGCUUUCAUGGGCAUUCAAGAAAAUCAGUAGGCUGCCUCCGGACAUGAACCCUCUCGAGGACCACCUGACGGCCCGACCGAAGCAUAAGUGGAACAAACUGUCCACCUCCACAACUGCGAGCUCGAGUGACACCGCUAGCAAGAUCUCGGGCAGUCACCCCGGCCCCGAGAUGUCAUCUGCACGAACCUCCGUCCCGUUCAUGCACACGCGCGAAGGCUCCCAUAUUUCCCUGGGUGCCAACGCCCAAUGGAACCUCCCGAGUCGUCAGUACCAGAUCGUCCCUGGAAACUCAUCGCCUCGAAACUCGGCCAUGUCUGCGCAGUCGGCCCGCAGCUCCCGCCCCCCGCCCCCGACUCGCGGCUCGUAUGCCAGUCUCCCCUUGAACAAUGGCAGCUCGGCGGUGUAUGGGCGCGACAGCAUUGACAUUGGUCAUAUGGGCCAGGAAACGAGGGGACCGCGGAUGUCGACAGACUCCCCUGCUUCUCGGGAGAACCAGCGUGGUAGCAAGCAGAGCAAUGGAGACGGAUCGUAUGCAGCAUUGACGUCGCAAUACGCCCUAGAUGACUCUUCCGACUCUGAAUGCGACGAUGAGAACUACCUGGCUGGCGGAACCUACCCGAACCCGCUUGCUUCUCACCCACCCCGAGCCUCAAGGCCCAUAUCCCAGCCAUCAAUCCAAGGAAUGAAUACCGCACAGAAGUCGAAUGAGCUUGGUGAGGUAAGUGCAAGUGGCAGGCCUGUAUCAGAGACAAGGGACAUUGCCGAUGCCAAGGCGCCUAAGGUUGGUGCGUGGCAGCAGCAGCAGCAACGUCAAAGGGAUAGCUCCAUCCAGCCAGAUACUGGCUUUUACUCAAAGCCCUAUGGGAACCUCAGACCCUCUGUUCCCCCAGUCAUGAUUGGAAGCAAUGAUCGCAAGGUCUCAUCCGGAAACGACUAUGGCGCCAUCCAUCCUUCGUCGGCGCCGUACGAGCGACGCAAUGUUAGCGGAAAGAUUGCGGAGGAAGGACUAGCAGGAAACAAGGCCUCUCAGUAUGGAGGCCACACGGGCCGUAAUUACUAA